CAUCCCGGUUACUUUGACAACACAAAGGACUUCACGGAACUCGCAGGCGCCGCCUACCUUUCCAAAUAAGGGCAGUCUCUCCAUGUACGGCAAACAAUCGGUGCGAGAUUGCCCUUUUCUCUUCCUUAUCCCGUUUAUAUGAUCGGAGAGGAACUGCGCUUCAGGUUGGAAGCGGUGCGAUCAUGGCCGAGCGAGUCCAGCAGCCCCCAGCCAAGCGGCUCUGCUGCAGGCCCGGCUACAACCCGGCAUGCAGGCAGGGGCAGCGGGCUGGAGGAGUCCUGUGUGGCGGCGCAGGGUCCGCUCCUGGAGGGUCGGGGAAUGGAAAAACGCACAACCCCGAGUCGUUGCUCGACAUCGCGGCGCGCAGAGUCGCGGAGAAGUGGCCGUUCCAGAGGGUGGAGGAGCGGUUCGAGAGGAUCCCGGAGCCCGUCCAGCGGAGGAUCGUAUACUGGUCAUUCCCGAGAAGCGAGAAGGAGAUCUGUAUGUAUUCCUCCUUCAACGCCGGAGGAGAGGAAAGUGGAACUAGCGGGGACAAUAAUGACGAGACCCAGCUGCCUUUCCUACGGGGUGUCACUCUGCUAGAGGGUGGCUGGGUGGACAACGUAUUGCAAGUCGGUUUCCAUCUCAGCGGCACAGUGACGGACCCCGCCACACCCUCAUCCCCGGAGCUUGUUUGCAGCGUCAGCGUCAGCUUCGACCGCUGCAAAAUCACAGCGGUAACAUGCACCUGUGGCAACAAAGACAUCUUCUACUGCGCCCAUGUAGUGGCACUGUCGCUUUACAGAGUACGGAAGCCCGAGCAGGUCAAACUGCACCUGCCCAUCUCAGAGACCCUGUUUCAGAUGAGUAGAGACCAGCUGCAGAAGUUCGUCCAGUAUCUGAUUUCAGUCCACCACACCGAAGUGUUGCCUACUGCGCAGAAACUGGCCGACGAGAUUCUGUCGCAGAACUCGGAGAUCAACCAGGUCCACGGGGCCCCAGACCCCACAGCAGGAGCCAGCGUGGACGAUGAAAACUGCUGGCAUCUGGAUGAGGAGCAGGUUCAGGAGCAAGUCAAGCUCUUCCUGUCCCAGGGAGGAUACCACGGCUCGGGCAAGCAGCUCAACCUGCUCUUCAGCAAGGUGAGGGAGAUGCUGAAGAUGCGUGACUCCAACGGAGCGAGGAUGUUAACACUGAUCACAGAGCAGUUCAUGGCCGACCCUCGGCUGGCGCUGUGGAGACAGCAGGGCACCACCAUGACCGACAAGUACAGACAGCUCUGGGACGAGCUGGGUGCCCUGUGGAUGUGCAUCGUACUGAACCCCCACUGCAAACCAGAGCAGAAGUCAUCGUGGCUGCGCCAGCUGCGCAGGUGGAACAGCGUGGACGUCUGCCCCUGGGAGGAUGGUAACCACGGCAACGAGCUGCCCAACCUCACCCACUCACUGCCUCAGGGUGCCCAUGGCAACCAAGAGAUGCGUCCCCACAGGACUGUGUUCACACGGGCCAUUGAGGCCUGCGACCUGCACUGGCAGGACCGGCACCUCCAGCAUAUUAUCGCUAGUGACCUCUAUGCCAACUACUGCUACCAUGACAACCAAGAGGGCUCCCUCUUUGACUCACGUGGCUGGCCCCUGUGGCAUGAACAUGUCCCAACAGCCUGUGCCAGGGUGGAUGCCCUGCGUUCACACGGUUACCCAAGAGAAGCCCUUCGACUGGCCAUCGCUGUGGUGAACACGUUACGACGGCAACAGCAGAGGCAGCUGGAGCACUUCCGCCGACACAAGAAAGAGUUGCUCCAUAAAGGCCACACCUCUAUAACCAACAUGGAGGGCUGGGUGGGACACCCUCUGGAUCCCAUCGGUACCCUGUUCAACACCCUGACGGAGUCGGGAAGAGUAGGAGAGGAGGGCUCCAACACCUGCUUAGACCUCUCAGACUGCUCCAGUGUUGUAAGCCGAGCAGACCUCCAGCGGAUGCCCGUGCAGCGAUUGCUAGGAGACGGUGAAUCGUACAUGGCGCUAGCGGUGGAGACGGCUCUGAUUGGCUUAGGCCAGCAGAGGGUGAUGCCUGAUGGGCUGUACGCUCAAGAGAAGGUGUGUCGUAACGAAGAGCAGCUAUUGGCCAAGCUGCAGGAAGUGGAACUGGACGACUCCCUGGUCAAAAUAUUCCGUAAACAGGCCGUCUUUCUGCUAGAGGCUGGCCCGUACUCUGGCCUUGGAGAGAUCGUCCACAGAGAGAGUGUUCCCAUGCACACCUUCGCCCGCUAUCUCUUUACCUCUCUCCUACCUCACGACGCUGAACUGGCGUACAAAAUUGCACUGAGAGCCAUGAGGUUGCCCGUGUUGGAGUCGACGGCCUCGUCCGGAGACCUGUCACGACCCCACCACAUCGUGUCCGUGGUGCCCAACCGCUACCCGCGCUGGUUCACCUUGAGCCACAUAGAGUCUCAGCAGUGUGAGCUGGCCUCCACGAUGCUCACUGCUGCCAAAGGUGACAGUCGGAGGCUGGAGACAGUCCUGGAGUCCAUCCAGAAAAACAUUCACUCCUCGUCUCACAUCUUCAAACUGGCACAAGAUGCGUUCAAGAUCGCCACUCUGAUGGACAGCCUGCCUGACAUCACACUCCUCAAAGUCUCUCUGGAGCUGGGACUGCAGGUGAUGAGAAUAACUCUGUCCACGUUAAACUGGAGGAGGAGAGAGAUGGUGCGUUGGUUAGUCACGUGUGCCACUGAAGUGGGUGUGUAUGCACUGGACAGCAUUAUGCAGAGCUGGUUCACCCUCUUCACCCCCACAGAAGCCACCAGUAUCGUGGCCACCACGGUAAUGUCGAACAGCACUAUCGUCCGCCUCCACCUGGACUGCCACCAGCAGGAGAACCUGGCUUCAUCCGCCCGCACCCUCGCUCUGCAGUGUGCCAUGAAGGACCCCCAGAACUGCGCCCUCUCUGCUCUUACACUCUGUGAAAAGGACCACAUUGCCUUCGAGACAGCCUACCAGAUUGUACUGGACGCAGCGGCGACAGGGAUGAGCUACACACAGCUGUUCACUAUAGCACGCUACAUGGAACACCGCGGUUACCCGAUGAGGGCGUAUAAGCUGGCGACGUUAGCCAUGGCUCAUCUGAACCUUAGUUACAACCAGGACACACACCCGGCCAUCAACGACGUGCUGUGGGCCUGCGCGCUCAGCCACUCGUUGGGGAAAAACGAGCUGGCUGCUGUUAUCCCGCUUGUGGUGAAGAGCGUGAAGUGCGCCACCGUGCUCUCGGACAUUUUGCGGCGGUGCACGCUGACCACGCCGGGCAUGGUGUCAGCGCUGCACAGCCGCAGGAACUCUGGGAAGCUGAUGUCCCUGGACAAGGCGCCGCUCAGGCAGCUGCUGGACGCAACCAUUGGGGCCUACAUCAACACCACACACUCACGGCUCACACACAUCAGCCCGCGCCACUACAGCGAGUUCAUCGAGUUCCUGGGGAAGGCCCGGGAGACUUUCAUGAUGGCUCACGACGGACACAUUCAGUUUACCCAGUUCAUAGACAACCUGAAACAGAUCUACAAGGGCAAAAAGAAACUAAUGAUGCUUGUGAGGGAGAGGUUUGGCUGAGGGUGAGGCUGGGGGGUCGCCAAAGCUCUCCUCCCACUCUAGUACUUUUCUAUGAACUUGAGUCUGCCUUUUGAACUUCUUUUGGACUUAUAAAAUAGACAAGUAAAAAGAGGGAUCUGACUUGUAGAAUGAAGCAAAAAGAGAAAGGAAAAGAUGACAAAAAAAUCAACAGAGCCACACGCGGUAUUAUUGUUCUUGCUGUUGUUAUUGUUAUAAACAUUAUUACUAUUAUUAUUAUUAAUAAUAUUAUUACUACUAUGUGUACAGAAGUGUUUUUAUUUUUCAGAAGAGAGGAAAUUUGUCACGUUGUGAAUGUUGUGUGUAUUUCUCUACAUGUGUGCGAGAGGAAAAUGAAAAGUGAGAUGGCUUUUUUGUUUUAAAUUUUGUUCCUUUUUUUUUUUUAUGAUUUAAAGCAUCUUUUUUUUCCCUUUUUCAGUGUAAACUGAGUUACAUGUUGUCAAGUGGCUGAAGCCCUUCUACGAUAGCGCUCAUUGAAAAACAAAAAAACAAGAAGCAGAAGAAAAAAAAACAAUGUCUUGGCAUCCUCAAAGAGAAACUAAGGCUUUAAUUUAAACCACACAGAGCACCUCCCUUUGUCCAGGCCCUCGCCAGUGGGCGCUGGGCAGCACUGCACAGCUUAGCCCGGCUCUGCUAGGCACAGCUUGGGUUAGCACUGACAGAAAGCCGCGAUCAGCAUUUCUUUAGACACAGCAGUAGCAGCAGCACUUGAGCAGCCAUUAGUUUUCUCGGGGUCCCAGGCAUUAGCUUCAUUACAAACAACAAUGCUCUUAGCUAACUCGUGUUGUUGUUAUUGUUGUAAUCUUCCCCACCUCCAUAAUGAGUACCUGUUUCAGACAGAGGACAGUAUGCAGGCGCUACAGUGAUGGCACAUUAGACAAAGAUAAUGAGUAUUAUUGUUACAUUAGUGUAAUGUAGUACAGCUGUGAUUUUUAACAGCCGAAGAUUGACUAAAUAACCGCUACAGUUGAGUUUUCUAGUUGAAGUAGAUACCAAGAGGGAGACGACUACCUCAUGAUACGGUAUUGAACUUGCUCCCUUUAUUUUUGUUUUUUUGUUUUUUUGCUAUCAUAUGAUAUUUAUCAUCUAUGAUGGCUGACAGUGUUAAUUAAACAGGAGAUCCACUAGUGAGACCAAGGUUAUGAGGAGAUGUGGAGUCAGAUUCCUGCUGAGGUGUUUCUGCGCUCGGCUCUGCUGUACGUCACUGCCCUGGCAUCGGUACUUACCCCCCGUCCCCAAAAUUGGCUCUAACACACAAGAUAUGUCAGUGUGUCAGUCCCCUCUCAUCUCUACAGCCACCAUUGUACGGUAUUUUCAGACUAGGCCAGUGUCAUUUCCCUCUGUGCAUGUGAAUCAUAGAAAUUAGACUUUCUACUGUUAUAGUUCAUUGUGUGGAAUCUUCAGUAAUUGUCAACCAGAACGUUCUCAGGGAUUUCUCUACACAGGAAAAAAGGCGGAACAAAUGAACGACUGACUACAGGAAAAAGACAAAAACAUGACACAACAUGAGCGAGCAUUUAUUGUACUCUGUAUAUAUGCCAUAGUAUAUGUCUGAAUAUGGAGGAUCUGAAAGUAUAUGUUAACUAAUUUAUACAGAGUAUUCUAUGUAAUGUGAAAUACUUGAAGCCGCUGUAGUUUGCUCGCUCUCUCUCGCUCUCCUUCUCUCUUUUGUCUUCUCUUUUUUUCCCUUCUCUUUUGUUGAAAACAGAACAUAUCAGAAGGACGAGACUGACCUUGUUGACGGCUUUUUUGGACUCACAAGGCCUCAUGUGUUCACACUUGAGACGCUGGAUCCCGUCAGAAAUGCAGGUUGAGUCAAAUCGUGACGGCGGAGAGAAAUAUUGUCGUUCAUUCCUGCUGACGAAAGCAUAGAAAGGGGAUUGAGGUAGACUACUUCAGGCCAUUGGUUGAUAAAUGUUUGAAAACACAAUACAGGAUUUAAGUACUUAAUUAUGCAUGUAAGCUGUUGCACUAGCCUAGUUUUCCAUGUGAUCCUAUGGAGGAAAAACUAUAAUGUGCUUUAUACAGGAGGUAAUUGGUGAUGAAUCUGGUAAAAAAAAUCAUGUAUUCUGUGUAUUCUAGCCUUACAUGCAUUUAAGGACAUCUCUUGGCUGAAGUCUGCCUCAUUUUGCAGUAAUAUAACCCUUAUCAGAGUAACUUAGUAGUUGUGCAACUCAGCAAGACUCAUAUUCAUAUUAUGCACAGGUUCAAUCUAGCUAAGAUUAAAAUACGAGUCUCCUCGAUUCUCCCUUUCAUUCACAGCAGAAUUUCCAGUGUCUCCUCUGCAACUUUCAGCUGUCCUAUCAUUAUUUGCCUUUUUACCGUCUUUACAUGUCUGAUUUUUUUCUUUUUCUGUGCAUCUUUUUCUGUCUUGAGUUCAUUAAAGAUAAAAGCAGCCUUUUCUCUUGCCUUGUCUUAACGCUUUAAAGUAACCAAACAGGAGAUCUAUCUAACAACCAAACGCGUUCUAAGAGGUGAGAGACAACCCACCUUGGUCCCAGCUUUAGUGUCCUUAAUUAGUAAGUGAAUGGCUGUGUAACUCAUGCUUUAACAAAGCAAUUCCUCACGUGUGUUUGGUGAAAAAAUACGUUGUCCAGUGUCUCUUGUUCUCUUCAGAAACAAUUUCCUCUGAGUCUUUCUAGCUGUUUUUUUUGUUUGUUUUUUAGUUUUGUUUUCUUUGUGUAGGAAUCUUCUGCUCUCCCAUUUUAUUUAUUACAAUGACCCAUGUAUACAUGCUUAUGAAAUUAAGAUUUGAUACACCGAUAUCAAUUUAUUUAUGUAACUAAAUCACUGUUUUAUAAUCUUGUUAAUGAGUCAAUAAUUGAUUUUUUUUGUUUGUUUUUGUUUUUUGUUUUAAUAAAAGUUAGUUUUUUGAAAUGUA